AUGGUCAUCGACUACUGUUAUUACGCUGAUUAUGUGUCGGCUGCCUUAGCGUGUUGGAAAUACAGUCUGUUCGGUGAGCCAGUGUACUCGAGCGACCUAAGUUCCAUAGAUUGUGAUGGUUCCGAGAAGCGCGUCUGUGCACACCGCGCGCCGACAUGCGGCACUUUAGAAUGCACAUGUGACAAACAGUCUGAUGCGGAUAUUGUCAAGGACGUUAGUAACGAAAGCGGUCCUGUCCGUGCUGUAGCAGUUAAGACAGGGACAGCGACCGGAAUUAUGGUAUUCACUCUGUGGCAUGCCGCCGUCCUGGCCUUCUUCUACUUACGUCACGGAUGGCUCUGCACGUGCUGCGCCUGCCGCCGCGACGCUCAGGAUGCGCCUCGUGUUACUUCCUCGCCCACAAAACACAAACCACAAAGGAAGGACCAGAGUGCCAAGCGGAAUGAACGACAACGACAGACGGCCCACCCCGGCUCUCCCGGUGGCUCGUCGAAGGCAAAGCAAAGCGAACAGAAAGUAAAGGAGGUAAAUAAAGGAAGGGAAGUAACGAAACCAAAGAAAGCCCCGCGAGUAAAGGAAGCACUGCAAGUAAAGGAAGCACCACAAAAAGUAAAGAGAGUAUCGCCAACAAAGGAAGUAUCAGAAAACUUCGAAACAUUCGAAAACAUAGUGAUACAAAAAUGAAAUUGCAUCGAGCUAUAAUGUCUUCAUGCGAAACGCGACGAGGCGUCUCAGCAAAGUUCAAACCUUUUGCAAAACUGAAUAAGCAGACUGAUUUACGCUAAAUCAGAACAUAUUUUGUACUAACAGUUGCAAAUACUGAAGAACACGUGCACACCAAAGGAUGACCUCGCUCAACUUGGGAUCAACGGGUUCGCGGAGUAGCAUAUCAAAUUACUUCCAUCUUUAUCGUCAUUUAUUGUAUAACAAAUUUAAGAUUUUCCAAAAGAUAGCGUAAAGAGAGUCACGCCCUAGCCCGUAGUGUCCUUAAAGUAGUUCUGUAGCUUGGUGAGGUCUUCUAAAAUAAAAAU